AUGGCGGACGAUGUAAUCAAUGGGUUGGAGAAUAUGAAACUUACCGUGGAUGAAGAGGAAGUUAUUAAGAUAACGGAAGAAGGAAGACUUGAAGAGAUUGAGAGCUGUAAUCUGAGUCUCAUUGGUAAAUUUCUAACAUGCAAAGCUUUCAACAAAAUGGCAGCAAAGACUACCAUACGUCGAGCUUGGGGAUUGGAGAAUCAACUUCACAUUCUAGAGGUGGGUCCAAACUUGUUCCAGUUCAAGUUUAACAGUGAAUUUAACAUGAUCAGGGUACUGAGAGGGGGGCCAUGGACCUUUGACAACCAACUUCUUAUGAUUAAAAGGUGGCAUAAGGGAAUGACUGCAACGAAUAUCAAAUGGGAUACUGCUUCCAUUUAG